AUGGCUUUCUCUGGCGCCCUCACCUUGACGGAUCUCAACGACUACAUUACCCCCUCUCAAGCAUGCAUCAAACCGGUCGAGCAGCUAAACCCGGUCAAGGAAGCUGAAACGGAGCCUGGCGCAGCAUCGACCGCAAUCCGCAUAGACUCGGGCGGCGCAUACUAUGAAGUAUCGACGGAAGACACGUCCAGGUUCUCCGCAAAGAAGCUCGAGCCCGCGCAGAUCAGCCUGAACGACUGCCUCGCCUGCAGCGGCUGCAUCACCUCCGCCGAGUCCGUCCUCAUCACCCUCCAGUCCCACACCGAGGUCCUCAACUUCCUCGCGGCCAACCCGCCGCCCUCCGAUCCCGCGCACAAGGUCCCCGUGCUGUCCGUAUCCCCGCAGAGCCUCGCCUCGCUCGCCGCGUCCCUCGCAUCGUCGUCGUCCUCGCCCCGCCCGAUUCCCCUGCCCCAGAUCCUCGCGCGCAUCCGCAAGUUCGCGAGGGAGGUCCUCGGCUUCGAGCACGUCUGGGACACCACCUUUGCGCGGCACCUCGCGCUGCUCGAGCACGUCCGCGAGUUCCGCGAGCGCAAGGCGCACUCAAGUUCGGCGGGGAGCGGGAGCGGCCGCGACGACGUCGGCCGCCUCCCGAUGCUCGCGAGCGCGUGCCCCGGCUGGAUCUGCUACGCGGAGAAGACGCACGCGGAGAUGCUGCCCUUCAUCGCGCGCACGAAGAGCCCGCAGCAGGUCAUGGGCGCGCUCGUCAAGUACUGGCUCGCGCCCAAGUGGGGGAAACGCCCAGACGGGGUGUACCACGUCGCCCUCAUGCCGUGCUACGACAAGAAGCUCGAGGCGUCCCGCUCGGACUUUUACAACGAGCAGUACCACACGCGCGACGUCGACUGCGUGAUCACGACCGGCGAGUUCGAGCGGCUCCUCCGCGAGAAGGGGUGCGACCUCUCCGUGCCCGUUCCCGACUCUGAAGAGGAGGAGGGCAUCCCGGACCUGCUCGAGCACCGCGGCACGAGCUCCGGCAGCUACCUGCAGAGCAUCAUCGACGCGCUCUCCUCCUCCCCCUCGCAUCCCCAAGACGGACUCACCCUCUCCACCUCGACGCUCCGCGCCGACCACACCACCUACACCCUCUCCGCCCGCGCCUCCGGGUCUUCCCAACCCGUAUUCAAGGGCGCGACGUGCUACGGCUUCCGCAACCUGCAGAACGUGGUGCGGCGCGUCGGGCGCGAGGGCGGCGCGUACGACUACGUCGAGGUGAUGGCGUGCCCCGGCGGGUGCGUGAACGGCGGCGGGCAGCUGAAGCCUCCGCCCGCGCUGGACGGGGAGGGCAAGGCGUGGACGCGCAGGGUCGAGGAGGCGUACUGGUCCCCGAGCUCCGAGGCGGCGAGUCCCCAGGAGAAGCGCGCGCGCGCGGACCGGCUGGCGGCGAGGGUGCUGGCGGAGAUGUGCCGGCCUGACGGGGAGUAUUUCCGGACUAGUUACCGCGCGGUGGAGAGCGAGGUGGUUGGGCUGGCGGUGAAGUGGUAG